AUGGCAACAGAACUUAAGCGCCUGGGCAAGUUUCAACUCGCUCUUCGUCCGCACCUGGUCUAUACGACUACCACCCAAAUCGAGCAAGCUUGCUCGAUUGUUGGCAGUGCUGACGCGGUGUGCUGUGUUCAGGAAGCGGGCGGCUUCCUCAAGGUUUUGAGGAAGGCCGCAGAAAAGCUUCCCGAGGACAUCCAAUACGACAGAACAUCAUUUUGCAAUUUCAUGACACAAGCCACGAACGAACGGUGCCAAAAGAGCGCUGUACACGGAGCUCACGUCUGGAUUCAUGGCGAGGCGUAUGUCACGCCUUCCUGCGCUUCCCACAACAAGCGUGGUUGCCAGUGCAAUGGGCUGAUGAGAGGCGCUUUGCUUGCAACUGUGUCCUGCCCCGGUCGUUGCGGUGUUUGCCCUACUUGUUGA